UCUCCAUUAUCAGUUGAUAUUCUUCAACAAAUCUCAUUAAUUCUUAAAGAACAAGAUAGUGAAUGUUUAUGUUCAUUUGUACACAAAUCAUAUGAAUCAUUAUUAGUAGUUGAACGAUGGGUGUGGAAAGUACUCAGUAGUCAUUACUAUGAUAAAUGGAUCAAUGAAGAAUAUUAUCAAGAGUUCUUUUAUACUAUUGCAUCAUUCAACAAGGACUUAAUCUUCAAUAAUGGUGAUGUUAAAGUUGAUACGAAAGGAUCUCUUCUUUUCUGUGUCAGUAUUGAUCAAAUGAAUGAGGUAUUUGCAAAGCUUGACCGAAGUAAUGACGAUAACAACCCAUUUAUUAAUAUUAUCAGUUUGUGGUUGGAUAAUUAUUCUUAUUUUCUGUAUGAUAAUCCACAGUAUAAUAUACCACCAAUUAUUGAUUAUAUUGGUCGACAUAUUACAGUUAAAUAUUUUAUGAGCAAGCAAUAUAAACUAUAUUUGACUGAACUUCGACAACCAUACUUAAUCCAAUCUGUAUUCACAGCUAAAUUCUUAUUUUAUAUAAAAACAUGUUCAUUUUAUUUAUAUGCAUAUUUGUUUAUAUCUAUAAGAUCUUCUAAUUCUCCUUACACAGCUGAUGAAAUGAUUCGUUAUUUGUACGAAGAUUACUUAGAAAUAAUUCAUGUUCAUAGUUAUAAUGUAAUGUCCUGGAAUAAGGAACUGCUUGGUUGUAUUGCACAACUUGUUGGAUUAAUGGGGGUAUUGUGCUGGUGGGAUGGACAACAACGAACGCAGUUGAAGAUACUCUUUUCUAAAGAACAAACAACAUGUGAUCAUGUAGAAGAUCUUACUCGCAUCAUUGCUCAUACACCAUUUUACAAACAAACGAAAUCUGUACGUUCAAAUGAUGUAACAAUUCUAAUGGAUACAAUAUUAAUGAUCUUAUAUGUAAUAGUCCAAACACAAAAUAUAAAUUGGCUUUUUCGUUCGAAUACAACAAUACGAGAUACAAUUAUAUCUGUAUCUGAGGCUGCACUAAAUGAUGAAGUUUGUUUGUGCGGAUAUUGUUUACUUGGUGAAGCUCUUGGAGAUGAUCUUCUGAAAGAUUUGAAAAUAGCUGAUAAUAUUAGUGAUUAUUUCUUGAAUAUGAUACAAGAAGCAUGGAAUAAUUCAUCGAACAAAUAUAAACCAAUACCCCUUGAAUAUUUACUAAGAGGUUUUCAAGCCCUAUCAAAAAAUGAUUCAAUACAACAACGAACCGCCAGUUCAAAUAAAAUACCACUUUUCAUUGAAAUGUCUGAGCAAUAUCCAAUUUUAUAUGAUAUUAUAUGGGCACUUUCAUUCAAUCAUGAUAUUCAACAACAACUUCGCUCGAAUUCAUCAUUCAUGUCUAAGCUGUCUCAUCUUGCUCAACAAGGUGGCAAUGAGCAAAUGCGUAAAAUUACUCAUGGUAUUCUUUGGAAUCUUGAAAUCAAUCAUCAAGAUAGAUCUAUAUCACAAAAUACCAAUCAAAAUACUUUUCAUAUUAUGAUUAGUUAUUCACAUAAAGAAAAAGUUCUCUGUAAACAACUCUAUGAUGAACUAACUAAAAAUGGUUAUCGUGUUUGGAUUGAUUUUGAUCAAAUGCAUGGAAAUGUCAUGGAUGCAAUGGCACAAGCUAUUGAUCAAUCAGAAAUCAUUAUAAUUUGUAUGAGUGAACAAUAUCGACAAAGUAACUAUUGUCGAGCUGAAGCACAUUAUGCAUUUCAGCGACAACGUCAAAUAGUUCCAGUUCUUAUGCAAAAACA